UCUCGCGAUACUUUGUGGAAUCCUUUUCCAUCAUGGCAGGCAGUAAGUUAGUACUUGAGGGUACAGUAAGUCUUAAGAGCUUUAUUCUAGGUCUCAGCGUUGUCAUAAUACCUUUGGUUCGAUCCUGCUUUGGUCACCUUGACUGGGUCUUCGAUUACUUGACGGAAACUCCCGGGAAAAUAGCAAUUUGUCUGCAUAUUGCUGUUAUCAAUGGCCUCCUGUUACUAAUCUGCAGGGGACCUCUGUACAAGGUUGCUGUAAGAGCCUGCUUUCUGGGGGUCAUUUUUGGGUGUGGUCUAAUUAUAAGCUGCACCGAAACCACUUGGACACAUUUUGGGUGGUAUAUGUGCUCCCUGGCAUUCUUCCAUUACUCUGAGUACUUGGUAACGGCCAUCAUUAACCCUCACAGCCUCUCAUUGGACUCGUUCCUCCUUAACCACAGUGUGGAGUACACGCUGGCUGCUGUCUCAUCAUGGGUUGAGUUCACUGUGGAGAAACUAACAUUUCCAGAGCUCAAGCAGCUGAGGUGGUUGAGCUUCAUGGGUCUGCUCAUGGUGCUGUGUGGUGAGGCCCUGCGGAAGGCGGCCAUGCUCACGGCCGGCUCCAACUUCAACCACAUUGUCCAGAAUGAAAAGGCGUAUAGUCACGUGCUGGUCACCAGCGGUGUCUACGCUUUCUUUCGACACCCCUCCUAUGUGGGUUGGUUCUACUGGAGCAUAGGAACACAGGUGGUGCUGUGCAACCCAGUAUGCACACUGGGCUACACCAUAGCCAGCUGGAGGUUCUUUCGGGAGCGGAUUGAGGAAGAAGAGAUUUCCCUUAUUAAUUUCUUUGCAGAGGAAUACGUGGAGUACAAGAGGCGGGUCCCCACCGGGCUGCCCUUCAUCUCAGGCAUCCGCAUCAACUAGUAGAGCACAACCUUCGACGAGUGGACUUGACUGAAAAAGCAGACCAGACGGUGGCAUUGGCGCGAUCGCAACAAAUUCUGCGAGCCGACCCGCUAGCUCGCACAGGCCAGCAAGCAAGUGGACUGAUCUUACUUGACCAAAUGCUACAAUCCAGUUCGAGAGACCAAAAACGUUUCACCACCUUUGCGUUUAUUGUAGUAGCACUUGUUUGCAGUUUUGUUUGCAUGCUUAGACCAUGCUUGCUGUUGAACAGCAAGCAGGUGUCAUUCGAGAUUGGAUGGUAGCUGUCAGAGGGGGAUACUGAAGAGAUGAUGGACAGACAAGCAUUACCUUAGUUGGAUGGCAAAAAACGGAAUCCAUUUCAAUAUUACCCGUUUACACAAGUCGCUUUCCACUGUAACGGCGUCUUGUUUCCACAGAACUGGAUCUGAUGAUGUGACUACCUCUGUAGCUGGCUCAUCUCACCCACUUUUUUUGCUCAUUUUUUUGCACCAUGUAUACAGUUGUGACAUAUCCAGCUUCAAAGGGAUGUAGGGUGAAAUGGGAAGAAAUCAAUUCACUCUCGUGUGAGCGGCCCUCGUGGUGAGAACAUUUCAGCAAAAGAAGGCAUCAACAUCAGAUCUAAACCAGCAACUUGAAGCUCUGUGGAGAUGAUGCGAAGCACUGCCCUCUUUCUUUGGAUUUUUGUGUUUUUACAGACCUCUCAUAUGUAGCAACGUUUGGGGGGGAAAAGAUCCUAGAUGACGGUUUUAAUUUUUUACUGGAUGACUGCACACAUUGUAAUUUUCAUGCCAUCCAGAGCAGUGUUACUCUGUUGGGCUAUUGAAAUAAAUUGUGGUAACACUGCAUUCAGAACAGUCACAUGGUCAAAGAGUUACUGGUAACUGAAGUUGAGUCGAACACUGUUCUAUUUAUGUAAUCCAUUAUAUGACCCUCACUCAGGCUAAAAAAAACACCGUACAGUCGCUUGUAAUAAAACUUUAUCUUUGGCUUUUUAUGAGUAGACCUAUA